AUGCCUGGUCCCGAGUUUGCAGAGAUUCACCCUUGUCCUAGUGCAAUGCAAGACCAAGACCUUCAGCUUAGAAAACUGUGAAAGUCUUUGCCCACCUCAAAAAAUAAACUCAGAUAUAAAGGUGAAGAAAACUGGGCAAGGCUUCAAAACACAUGGUCUAACAGCCCCAUCAAAAAAGGCUUCAGCUGCACAACUCCGCUGCCAGAAAGGCCAAGGAUGCAAGAUCGACUUCUCCGACCAGGACAACCUCCUGCACCUCCACCUCCUCGUCUACCCCGACGAGGGCUUCUACAAGGGAGGGGAAUUCAUCUUCAGUUUUAACUACCCCCACGACCCACUGAGGGUGAAGCAGGAGUUCGUGCCCCAUGUUGGGCACCAAGGAAUCUGUCAAAGUUUACAGGCCGGUCACUAA